AUGUCAUUCGAAGGUACAACAACAUGGCAAGUCAUUGUCGAGGAAACUGCCGAAUACAAAGAAAACAUUGAUGAGAAAGCAUAUUUCGAUAAAAUAAUUUGUUUGUGGAAGGAAUAUCCUAAUGCAAUCAGUAACAGAAUAACAACUUCGGUUCUUAUCGAUGAAGACACUGAUGCUUGGAAAGAAGUAAUAUCAGUCUUCAAUUCGAAAUACAAGUUUGACCCAAGUAAUCGUAGUGAAAUAACUAUUUCGAAGUUCAUCCGAAAAGUUCGUCCCAGCAAUACUCAAAACUUCUCGGAAAAUGCAUAUGAAUUAUCUUUUUAUGAAGAAGAAUUCCUCGUUCGUUUCUACCCAGUCGUGCUUGAUGACAAAGAACAUCCACACUUCGCAAGCCCAUAUUCAAUAGCUUGCAGAGUUCCAUCUGAAAAUUCUUUGACUCUUCAAAUUCUCAAACCUUCAAAUGCUCCAGAUGAGAAUUACGAAUUUUUGAGAAAUUCAGCAUUCAAACAAGUGUUCACCUGGAUGAAAGGAAUCGACCUGUCGAAAACAUCUCGCAAAACGAAUUCGCUGAUUGACAAAGAAUCGUAUGCUCGCACUUAUCAACAAAUUCGAGAAGAUUAUGGACGAGGACUGAUUCAAGGAUGGACUGAGAACUCUAAUCCACACAAAGUGAUUUUUGAGGAUUGUGGAAUCGCAGCUUACAUUACUGAGCUCAUCAAUCGUUGUCUCCUUCCAAAACCGAAAAAAUUCGUUGAUAUUGGUUGUGGAAAUGGAGUACUCGUUCAUCUUCUCAACAAGAUUGGUUUGAACGGAUACGGCGUCGACGUUCGUCAACGUAAAAUCUGGAAGACAACAUUAAAAGAUGUGGAUUUGCGAGAAUCAACUGUUGAGCCACAAUUCAUCGUGGAAAAUCAGCCACAUUUUGAUGCCGAUGUCGAUUUGCUCAUUGGAAAUCACAGUGACGAGUUAACGCCGUGGAUUCCAGUCAUGGCAGCAAAACUCAACUGUAAUUUCUUCUUAAUACCAUGCUGUCCAUUCGAUUUCUUCGGGAAGUUCUCAAAUACUGGAAGUUAUUUGGGACCGAAAAGAAUGACUUCUCAAUACGAAUCAUUCUUCGAAUGGACCGUUUCUGUUGCAGAUCGGCUCGGUUUCGAUGUGAAACUCGACCGGUUGGCUAUUCCAAGCACGAAAAGACUGUGCAUUGUUGGCCGUGUUCCAGAACGAGGUCUCUGUCCGAAUCUCGAUACAACCAUCCAGAAGAUGACGCAGGGACAAAAAUUCGUUGCAAGACCAAGAGAGAUCAAAAAUAAUAACUGCAUGCACCUCUCUGUGUCAGAUCGGGAAAGGAUAGCAAAGAAAUUGUUUGAUUACAUUCUGAAAUCGUCGGAUGAAGUGAGAGACGGCUGGAGAUGCGGAGGCGAAGUGCCAUUGGCUCAAUUGGCUGGAAUUCUCAGUGACGAAGACAAGAAAUUGAUGAAAGAUCAAGACGGAGGACUCCAAACAUUUUUGCGAAACCACCAUCAAAUUUUUCACGUCUUCAAAGCAGCCGCUCGUCUUCGUGAUUUCCGUCAACCAAUCGUCAAGAAGCAACGCCCGGGAUGGACGCAGCCAAAACAAACACCAAAGAUGAAAUCCCCGUGUUGGAUGUCUUUGAAUCAUCCGGAUGGUUGUCCAGUUGGACCAGAAGCUUGUCGUUACGAGCAUUAA